AAUAUAAGCGGCGCCUUAUUUACUUGACAGUAAACACCAUAAUAAUGUUAACAAUUAUUCAUAAUCUACAUCUGUCCGGCAUUUGUUGAAUUAUUGAUUUUCUCUUUGUUAUGCGCCUGAGUUUUAUAUUCGGAUUUUCUAGACAGAUAUAUGCAACUGUCCUCGCUAAAUUUAUACACGUUAUUUUUCAAGCUGCUGUUAGUAACCGAAACCUUAAGUCCAGCUUGAAGUUUACGAACAAUUAAACUGCACAAAAAUACUUAUCAAUAUGAUGCUUUCACGCUCUAAACCUGCUCUCCAGAGACAAAAGGCUGUUCCAAUACAAUCAAGAAAGAUUCCAAAUUUAAUUGAAUUCGUUGACAAGCGCGAUUUCUCCGGGGCACUUACUCUUUCGGAGUUUGAGCGCUGCUGUGGUAAUUCCAGUAUUGAGACAGACCUAUGGGUAGCAUACUCGGCUUUUCAUUUGGGAGAAUACAAAAAAGCCGCCGAUGAGUAUAGGAAACUUCUCGAAAAACCUAAUGUGCCUCCAGACGUUCACACGUAUCUCGCAUGUUGUUACUUUUUCCUCGGAAUGUAUCAGGAAGCAAUGAAAUCUGUUAAAGAUGGCCCAACAUGUAGACUACAAAGUAGACUUUUGUUCCACAUAGCUUAUAAAUUAAAUGACGAACGCGGCCUUCUCAAUUACCACAAUUCGUUAGACAACUCAAUUGAGGAUCAACUAUCGCUGGCGUCAAUUCACAGCCUUAAAAAUCACCAUCAGGAAGCUAUUGACAUAUAUAAACGCAUCUUACUGGAUAAUAGAGAAUACUUGGCAUUAAAUGUAAACAUAGCUUUAUGUUACUAUAAGAUGGAUUAUUACGAUAUAUCUCAGGAAGUAUUGGGAAUAUACCAACAACGUUAUCCAGAUAGUGCAACGGCCAUUAAUCUAAAAGCAUGCAUCAACUUCAGGUCGUACAAUGGCAAGGCAGCCGAAGCGGAACUAAAAGCUCUUCACUGUGUUUCUACUUCAUCAUUUACAUUUGCACAAGACCUCAUUAAGCACAAUUUAGUUGUGUUCCGUAAUGGAGAAGGAGCUCUGCAGGUGCUACCACCCUUGUUAGACGUCCUGCCAGAAGCAAGACUUAAUCUCAUCAUCUUCCAUUUGAAAAAUGACGAACUACAAGAAGCAUAUGAACUUACCAAAGAAAUCGACCCUAACACACCACAAGAAUAUGUACUAAAAGGAGUUGUGAAUGCUAUUAUGGGUCAAGAGCAUGGGUCACGUGAGCACUUGAAGCAGGCUCAACAGUACUUCCAGCUAGUGGGAGGAUCAGCCAGUGAAUGUGAUACAAUAUCUGGACGUCAAUGUAUGUCUUCUUGCUUUUUUCUUCUUCGACAGUUUGAUGAUGUUCUUAUAUAUUUAAACUCGAUAAAAAGCUACUUUUAUAAUGACGAUAUAUUUAAUUUCAACUAUGCCCAAGCUAAGGCAGCUGUAGGAGCCUAUAAGGAGGCACAAGAAGUGUUCUUGCUCAUUCAAUCAGAACAUAUUCGUUCAGAAUAUACCUAUUUAAGUUGGCUAGCAAGGUGCUACAUAAUGACUAAACAAGCUCGUUUAGCAUGGGAGCUAUACCUGAAAAUGGAAACUUCAGCCGAAUCCUUCAGUCUGCUACAGUUAAUAGCUAACGACUGUUACAAAAUGGCACAAUUUUAUUACGCCGCUAAGGCAUUCGAUGUACUAGAGAGAUUGGACCAAAACCCAGAAUACUGGGAGGGUAAACGUGGAGCAUGUGUCGGUGCCUUCCAACUCAUAAUAGAUGGACAAGAACCCAAGGAAAGACUUCGAGAGAUAAUCCAAAUCUUGCGUAAUACAAAUAACCCUCAAACAGAAUAUCUUAUACGUGUUAUGAAGAAAUGGGCAAAAGAAAACAAGAUUGUUGUUUAAUGACGACCAUAAACUGUUAUAUGAUUUAUGCGUGUAUAAUAAUUAAACGAAUUCAUGAAUUCUUCGUAAAUGUUUGUUAUUCUUAACGAAAUCUGAG